GGCUAAAGCGUCAUAAGGCUGCGCCGCGCUCCUGCUUCUGUGUUUCAGCUGAAGAAAGAACAAAGUGUCCAAACUCACAGAAAAACUCCUGCUGAAGCAAAUGAGAUCCACGUGACACGAUUAUAAAGAUGGAGUUUAUUAAAGAGGAGAGUAAAGACAUGAAGAUUGAAGAAACAUUCAGAGAAAAACCUGAAGAUACUGAGGAACAAACAAAGAUGGAGUUUAUUAAAGAGGAGAGUGAAAACAUAAGGAUUGAAGAAACGUUCACAGCCAAAGAUGAAGAACAAACAGACCUGAUGGGACUGAAAGAGGAGAGUGAAGUACUGAAUGAAAUGGAAGAGAAAGAUCAUGAUUUCAUAAAUGGAGAAAAAUCUUUUAGUUGUUCACAGACUGAAAAGACUUCCUCAAGAAAAAGGGCUCAAAAGACAGGAAGAAGAUGUUAUUUCACCUGCCAACAGUGUGGAAUAAGUUUCACUCAAAAAGGAAGCCUUAACAGACACAUUAGAGUUCACACUGGAGAGAAGCCUUACACCUGCCAACAGUGUGGAAGAAGUUUCAACCGGAAAGGAAACCUUAACUCCCACAUGGCCGUUCACACUGGAAAGAAGCCUUACACCUGUUCUCGGUGUGGAGAGAGUUUUGAUCAACAUGAAAACCUUAAAGCCCAUAUAAGAACUCAUAGAAAGAAACUCCACACAUGUCCUCCGUGUGGAAAGAGUUUCUUUCAAAAACGACACUUUGAAGGCCAUAUGAGAAUUCAUUCUGGAGAGCAACCCUACACAUGCCCUCAGUGCGGAAAGAGGUUUAAUCAUAAACGGCGCUUAGAAGACCACAUAAGAACUCACACUGGAGAGAAGCCUUUCACCUGCCAACAGUGUGAAAGAAGUUUCAGCCAAAAAGGAAACCUUGACAGGCACAUGAGUGUUCACACUGGAGAGAAGCCUUACACCUGCCAACAGUGUGGAAGAAAUUUCAACCGGAAAGAAAACCUUAACUCCCACAUGACCGUUCACACUGGAGAAAGCCUUUUCACCUGCCAACAGUGUGGAACAAGUUUCACUCAAAAAGAAGGCUUUACCAGACACAUGAGAAUUCACAAUGUAGAGCAGCUUUACACAUGUGAUCAGUGUGGAGAGAGUUUUGAUCAACAUGGAAACCUUGAAGUCCACAUGAGAACUCAUAGAGAGAGACCCUACACAUGCUCCGAGUGUGGAAAGAGUUUCUGUCAAAAACAACACUUUGAACACCACAUGAGAAUUCACACCGGAGAGCAACCCUACACAUGCCCUCAGUGCGGAAAGAGGUUUAAUCAUAAACAACACUUGGAAGACCACAAAAGGAUUCACACUGGAGAGAAGCCUUUCACCUGCCAACAGUGUGGAAGAAGUUUCAACCAAAAAGGAAACCUUGACAGGCACAUAAACCGUCACACUGGAGAGAAGCCGUUUAUAUGUGGUCACUGCGGAAAGAGUUUUAAGAAUAAAGCAGCAUUUAAACACCACAUGAGGUUUCACAUAUGAGAGAACAGUUUUUUUAUGUUAUCAGUGUGAGAUGAGUCAUGUAAUAAAACCAGAGAGAAGACUUUGCGGUGCCAUCACUGUGGAAAGACUUGCAGAAACAAGACUAUCUUGAGGUUCACAGAAGCAUCACUGAUAUAAUUCACGAUAGCUGAGCAGCAGAUUUGGGUUUGUUUACACCUGGGUUUAAAAUGUGUUUUGGUUGAUAGGAUCACAAAUAGGCUGUUCCUGUAUCACUUCUGUCCCCAUUUUGUUAAGGGGAGGGGUCUUUCACAUCUUGUGAUCAAAUUAAUAAAAUAGGUUUACUCAAUUUACAUAUAAACGUGAGUAAGUCUUGGGAAAACUACCAAAGAGGG